UCCCAAUAGAUUCGUGAAAUUCAAUAGAGAGACUACACGUGUAAUAAGAGUGACCGGACGCCAUACUUAAAUGGGAGUAGUCCGGUCCAACUCCUCCAUUGAUACAUAUAUAGAUAAACAGGAAAAGGCCUGACGUAAUCAGGCAUAAAAAAAUCUAUCCAAAUCCUGACAAUAUCUCCUCCCAGAGACGCCGUAUUCCACCUUCUAAGAACACCGGCAUAUAGAAGCCCGCCAUUUUUAUGGCCAAUGCCUAAUUAAUUUUACAGUUACUCAUUCAGCAGCACCAAGAAAAAAAAAUUAAUAAUGGAAAUUAUCAACUUCUCCUCUGUACUUCUUCACAAUCGGCUUUCUUGCCCCGCCGUCCAACUCCACCUCCGGCGGCACCGUUUCGGCCGACCUCGACCACCAGCUCAGAAGCAGCAGCCACAGCAACAUCACCUACUUUCAACCACGACAUCAUUGAAUUAUCCAAACUCGUCCUUCACCUUCCCGGGACUGCGUCGCCACCCCUCGGCUCUGGGCUCCAAUACUAGCAUGGACACCGAUGAUAUGUACGAUGACUUGUUCAAGAAAUAUGGGAAAGUGGUUUUCACGAGAAAUGAUCAAAAGCCUGCUAUUCAGGAGAUCGAGGAUGAUGCUGAAAGCUUGUCAUUUGCUGUUGCCGCCGCUAAAGUGGCAAGUGAGGUGAAGGCCGGUGAUAUAAAAGUCCUCUUUGUCAAACCUCUUGUGUACUGGACUCGCUUUUUCAUUAUAGCCACCGCAUUUUCUCGGCCUCAAAUUGACGCCAUCGGGACCAAGAUAAGGGACAUGGCAGAAAAACAAUUUGGAAAAGUUGCUGCUGGGGACUCCAAACCUAAUUCAUGGACAUUAUUGGACUUCGGUGAGUGUUUCUUUAUGAUAUUGUAGGGCUUUUUUAGGAUAAUAAGUGAUGAUUUUGAAUCCUUUAUUUUCAGUUUUUUGGAAAUCUUGAGUGCUUGACACACCCUUGUCUUGUCUUCCAUGUGAUGUUGUCUUAAUGGCCUCUUUUUCUUGAUUAACAUUUAGCCAUUGUCUCACUCUCAUGUGAAGGCAAAGGGAAUGCUUAGAAUCUACAUUGUUCAAAGUGUUAUCCAGGAAUUUAUGAUCUUGUGUAACGUUUCAUGUUCCAAAGGCGAUGUUGUGGUGCAUAUAUUUCUACCUCAACAACGUGAUUUUUACAACUUGGAAGAGUUUUAUGGAAAUGCAACACAAAUAGAUCUACCCUUUGAAAGGUAACAACAAUUUGCUAGAGAAAAAUGCAGAUGUGGAAGGUAUUUCAAGUCUCAGAUUCGUAACAUUUACAUGAAACAUCCGGCAAAUUGAAGAAGGACAAGAAGUGAAGAAGUGAUUUCGUCGAGUGUUUUUGAAACGUAACCCUGCUUCCUGCUGCUUGUGUAAAGUUGUUAGUAAGGAAUGCAAGAAAUAGACUUAGGUUUAGUUUCUUACAGCUGCUGAUUAUUUAGUUUGUACAACCUGGUAGGGGAGUAAAAGGCCUCCCAUUCUAAGUAUGUUGGGGAAAAUUUCCUUCAAUGUUUUUUGUAUUCUAGCUUUGAAAUUUGUCUUUUUGUAAUUAACCCUUGACUUCUGAAGUGCUUGUUUUAAGUUAUGCAGAGCUUCGAUAACUCCAUUAUCUUACACCAUGCAUUUGUGUGAGUUUGCUCAUGCUACCUACUCAUAG